GUUUGUAGCAGCAUAUACAAUUAAUUAAAUUAUAAAUUAACAAAAGAUCCGAUAAGCGCAUUACACAUUCCAUGGUGCAAAAUGCUUCCUACUGGCUAGUGGAAAAUGGCGCCGAUGACCAAGACUUUUCAUUAUCAAGAAAACAAUCUUUUUAUCUGUAUAACCCUAAUUACUUUUAUAAUUUAUAAAAGAGCAUUAAUAAGAAACGAUCUCACGAAACAAGAAAGUAAACCUAUCAACCACCAUGUUCACAUUCCCUUUACUACUCUUUCCUUUCCUCCUCCUCUUCUCCACCACCACCGCCCAACCAUAUAAACCCACCGACUACUUCCUCCUCAACUGUGGUGGUGCAACCGCCAGUACCGACCGGAAAUGGGACACCGAUGAACGUUCCGAAUUCAUGCCCUCCACCACCACCUCCUUCACAUCCGCCCCAAACAACCGCGAUCCUUCCGUCCCGGAAAUCCCAUACUCCACUGCUCGAAUCUUCAUUACAUCAUUCACCUACACUUUUCCGGUGGCCAAGGGCCCUAAAUUCCUCCGACUCUAUUUCUACCCCGCUACAUACUCCCGCUACAAGGCAGACCAAUCUUUCUUUUCUGUAUCAUCAAACGGUUACUCUCUCUUAUCCAACUUCAACGCUUUCCAAACCUCAUCAUACUUGCGAACCAGAAUCACCCAUUCCAAUAAGGUUCCCCACUUUGUAAAAGAAUUCAUUAUAUAUGUAAACCACACCCAAACCAUAAACAUCACUUUCACGCCCUCACCCGAAUCAUAUGCCUUCAUUAACGGUAUCGAAAUUGUUUCACAACCCGAAUACUUAUAUUAUAAAUCCAAAAAAAUAAAAUACAUCGGUCUAUCUUCCGGACCCAUGAUCAUAGAGAACACGUGUCUCGAGAAUAUUUACCGGUUAAACGUGGGUGGGGAGAAAAUCUCCCCCAUCCAUGAUACCGGGAUGUAUCGAUCGUGGGAUCAAGACGAUCCAUAUUUGUUCCCAUCUCGAACAGUAACCCAGGUUAACAAGACUCCGAUAGUCUACACAGCUGACACACCGAAAUAUACCGCACCUGAGUUAGUUUAUGCUACGCAAAGAAGCAUGGGUGCUACUUCUGAAAAUCGCAAUCUGACGUGGCAGCUUCCGGUUGAUUCUGGGUUUUAUUACAACCUUAGGCUCCACUUUUGUAAUAUUAUACCAGAUUACACGCGCAAAUAUGCGGUGAUAUUUAAAAUUUUUAUUUCGAAUCAAACGGCUGAAGAGUAUGCUGAUCUGUUUUACUGGACUAAAGGUACUGGGUUUCCUGUGUUUAAAGAUUAUGGCGUAUUUGUGUAUGAUUUUGAUGGUAGUGGAAGAAAGCGAGAUUUGUGGCUCGCGAUGGGUCCUAAUGAUUACUCCGAACAAUACUAUGAUGCCUUUUUGAACGGUUUGGAAGUUUUCAAGCUUAGCAUGAACGGUAGUCUCACUGACCGCGACUCGGAGCUCCGCCCUAUGGUACGGCCGCCGUCAUCUCCGGUGAAAAACAAAACUCCACUGUAUGCCGCCAUAAUAGGCGGUAUUGGCGGAGCGUUAAUACUCAUGUUGUCAACUUUAGGUUUUAUCGUUUUCCAGCGAGUGAAACACUCCGGUAACAAGUCAUCCGGUGAACAAAAAUCAAAAGACAACCGCCUUCCGUCAGGUAGGUGUCGGCGGUUUACAAUCAAGGAAGUGAAAGAUGCCACCAGAGAAUUUGAUAAAAAUUGUAUAAUCGGGAGAGGAGGGUUUGGGAUGGUGUACAAAGGGUACAUCGACAAUGCUACAACAACUGUCGCUAUCAAACGACUAAACGCGUUAUCCAAGCAAGGUUUUCACGAAUUCCAAAUGGAAAUUGGGUUGCUGUCAAAAUUACGUCAUGUCCAACUUGUGUCCUUAAUUGGGUACUGUGACGACGAGGGCGAAAUGGUACUUGUGUAUGAUUACAUGUCUCACGGGACAUUACAAGAUCAUUUAUACAAAGGAAACAACCCUAAUUUACCAUGGAAACGACGUCUAGAAAUUUGCAUUGGUGCAGCAAAAGGGUUGGAUUAUCUACACACAGGUGCAAAUCGUGCGAUUAUUCAUCGCGAUGUGAAAUCGACUAAUAUUUUGCUCGAUGAGAAUUGGGUGGCGAAAGUGGCGGAUUUUGGUUUGUCGAAGUUAGGGCCAAAAGAGAAAGGGGUAGAUCAUGUUAGUACAGCUGUGAAAGGGACAUUUGGGUAUAUGGAUCCUGAAUAUUACAAAAUGCAACAACUUACAGAGAAAUCUGAUGUGUACUCCUUUGGGGUUGUAUUGUUAGAGGUGUUGUGUUCGAGGCCAGUGAUCAUAAACCGAGGUGUUUCCGAUGAAGAGGUGAAUUUGGCUGAAUGGGGUAGGUUAAACUAUAGAAAGGGGACGUUGAAAGAGAUAGUUGAUAAGAGAAUAAGUGAUGAGAUUGCUCCUAAUUGUUUGAUGAAGUUUGGUGAGGUUGCGAAUAGUUGUUUAAGAAUGAAAGGGAGUAAACGUCCGAAGAUGGAUGAAGUUGUUUGGGGGUUAGAGUUUGCAUUGCAGUUACAGGAAGCGGCUGAGAAGAGAGGUGGUAUGGUGGGUGAGUUGAUAGGUGGCAUGUCGGAAAAUCAAGAAUAUAUGUUUCCUGUGAAAGGAGAGGACGUGAGUGUAAAUGAGGAGUAUGAGUUUGAGGGGUCGACUGGAGUGGGAAUACAACAUGGAUUGGUGUCGACCGAUAGCAGCAGUCGUGAAGGAUUAGUGUCGGAAACGGUUUUACCCCGAUGAAGGUCAGGGGUAGUAUGGUAAUUUAUGUUUGGAUUACUAUUUAUCAAUUAAUUUGAUGCUAGAGUGGAUUUUGAUUUUAUUAAUCGUGUGAUUAAAUUAUGUGUUAUUUGGAUUCAUGUACAAAUGUCCACUAGUUAUCAUUGAAUAAAGUCAAACAGUGCAACCCUUAUGUCA